AAAGAAAAUAAAUUUCCUAAGAAUCUGUACAAAUUAUUUCCUAAUUUACAGCUUCAUAACAAUCAUUUUCAUUCAUUUGAAUGUGAUGUUGAUGGUAAUUACUUGUUUGGAAAAGAUCGAUAUGGAGGCAAAAAUUGCCACCUUCAGAGUUCCUGACAUAGGAGUUGCAUCACAACUGCAACUCGGUGGCAUGACAGCUAUAUGGAAUCACAACUAUUAUAAUGCUGCAGUGGCUGCAUUGUCUGUGGCUGGACUGGAUGUUGGUGUGCAUGUUGAAGCCAUCAAUUCAACAAUUGAGAAAUUGAGGCCUCCACCUCAUCGAAUGCAAGUUGUACACAAGGAUACUCACGGGGUUACAUGGGUGGAUGAUAGCAAGGCAACAAACAUUGCAGCUACACAUACAGGGCUUAUGGGUCUGAAGGGACAAAAGUCAGUAAUUCUACUCGGUGGCCUUGCUAAGGUCUUAAAUGGACAAGCAUCAUGGUUUUGAACAAUUGGUCGAACUAUUGAAGGGCCAUAGAUGUGUAGUAACUGUAUGUGAGAUGUUUCAUCUUGAGAUACGGCAGUCUCCAAUUCAAAAUCCUGUCUUCC